GUGACAAAUGUCGUACAGCCAGCCCGCCAUCGUUUCAAUGACGCACUGAACGCACUGCAAGCCGACCCUGAUCGGCAUUCAGAUCGAUCUCAUGGUCCCGAUCCACACGAUAGCGAUCUAAUCAGAUACUCGGAAGCUCGACGAGCUCUCCACAUCGACCCCGAUCGCACUUCUGCAGCCACAGCCAUGCCGCCAACGCGAUUAGCAAAUUCACUUCUCGGAUCGUUCCGAGCUGCCUCACGUCGUCCAGCAGUCGUCUAUAGACAGACUUGUGCAUACCACUCGUACGACUACGCCGCACCGCCACCAUUCCCGCCCGCCGAGUCCGCAAUCCUCUCUUCCGCAUAUGCACAUGUCCCGGCCCAUGGCUUCACAAUCGAUGCGCUGAAGCUCGGGGCACGCGAUGCUGGCUACCUAGAUGCAUCGACGAAUCUGCUGCCAAGAGGUGUGUUUGAUCUGGUGAACUACCAUCUGGUCACGCAGCGAUUGGCAUUGGCGGACAACGUACAAUUCCCAGAUGAGGCUGAGCAGGGCAAGAAGAUGGGUGUAGGCGCAAAAGUCAGGGCAUUGACUCUGGCACGGUUGCGUGCAAACGAGCCGGUUGUGCAUCGUUGGCAGGAGGCACUCGCCAUCAUGGCCCAGCCCUCAUAUAUCCCUGCCUCCCUGUCCGAGCUCGCAAGCCUCGCAGACGAGAUCUGGUUCCUGUCGGGCGAUCAAAGCGUCGACAGCAGCUGGUACACGAAACGCGCUAGUCUGUCCACAAUAUACUCUGCCACUGAAGUGUUCAUGACGCAGGACAAGUCGCCCGACUUUAUCGAGACGGAGCAGUUUCUGGACAACAGGCUGCAGGAUUUGAGGAAAGUUGGUGGGUUCAUGGGGGCAUUGAGUGAAUGGGUUGGUUACACGGGACACUCGACUGUGAAUGUCCUUAGGAGUAAGGGUGUGCCUGUUUGACUGAGUCUUGACAUAGUCAUCUAGGGAAGGCAGGAUGAAACGCAGCAUGAAUAUGGUUGCCUCGAACAUACCAACCUCUGUGUCUGGGCCAAAACCACAAUGUUCGAGAUGUCAUGAUCUGUGACCUAGAGAUAUGAAUUUGAUGACUGAAGGCGUUCGACAAGCCAUGCGCUGUCUUCAAAACAACAUUGGACAAUUGGGUCAUUGUUGAUUGACGUCAAGAAUGAUUAGAAUCCUUGAUUUACUUAGAUCUCACGAUUUGCUGUUGUAUGCAUUGGUAAAGAAG